UUGUUUUGAAGUCAUUAAAACUCAGAUGAUUAUUGUUGAAUUGUUCUUUUAACACGGUUUUGUGUUAAUUUUUUGCUGAUUUUCAACAAAAUUAUUAAUAGUCGUUUAUUUAGAUAAGACGUUUUGUUCGCCUCCAUAAUGAAGAGGAUUUAUAGCGGCACAAGAGCACCCAAGUACCACAGCGGCAAGUGGUACUGGGACAAGAAGACAGACAGUCUGAAGUUUGAAGUGGACAACGACUUGUCAGACGCAAUGGAGCGAUAUAUCGAGACGAACGGCUUCAAAUUUCUACGCACAAUUACUCCAGAGGAGGAGCUGAUCUAUCGCCAGAAGUUUGCGCGUUCUGAAAACACAUUCGAUUAUGAUACAUUGAUUACUGCUGAUGUACUUGAGCUGGUUAUCUUUUUAAUGCCCAAAGAGUUUUUGACCAAGAGGCUCCUCAUAUUCUUGCACCUGCCUGCAGUGAACAGAUUGUUCCAUGCGUUGAAUAUCUACUUUGAGUAUUUUCUCCGUUUAGUGGAGCUCGUUUUAAUCCGCCGUGAUGAGCUAAAUGGCGACAUGGCCCAGAUACAGAGCGAGCAGACUAUCAAAAUGAAACGCAUAUUCUCGAUAUACUUGAGUCAAUAUCGUAUGCUGGUCGCACGAAACUAUAGCGUUAUCCUCAAGGGCGAAGGCGACAUGGCCAAGUUUCAUCACUUUAACCAGAGCAGCCAAGUUUCAGCUACGAUCAAAGAUAAAUGGUUCCACGAGCAGUUUCUGGCCGUCGCGAUCCAAAUCGUUUGGAUAUCCAUGCACAGACGAGCCUACAAUGUGAUCGAGAUGGAGAUGAAUCGACUUUUUCGGUCCGAACACUUUAUGAUUUAUCGACCAGAGUAUCUGAAAUUUACGCCAGCGGAGAAAAGUUUGCUGUAUGGGCGCAAAAAUAAGGUCGUUAACUAUCGCAUUCAGAUCUCGCCGUUGAUUCAGGAAUUAGAAAAUGUACCCACCGAGGAUCUGCCCAUACUAUGGAUAGGCGAGCGAAAAUAUCGUGGUACGGACAUUCGCAUUGCCACAAUUGAGCUGGAGUUUAUCGUUCCGGGUGCGCAGCUGCAUUUAAUAGACGUACCACGUGGCAUCAUGGGACAUCCGAAGCGCCUUUACGACACUCUACUCAACCUAAACUGGCCUGCGGUGCGCGGGGAGCACUUCUCACUGGAGAAUGACCCGUAUCACAUUUUGCGGCAACCCUACCUUCAGAUACCCAACAUUGACGAUACAAAUAUACGCAAAAUGUCCAAGCACUAUGAACAUUUCCUAAACCUCUAUCGCAUCUACGAACCCUACAGUAGCCACAUGCUCUCCAUGUGCCUUCGCCGGGAUAGCAUCGUCAGUUCAGCAAUUGCGGAUGUCAAUGUGGACAUUUAUAAACGCUGUGAAGAGGAUCUGGAGAGGACCUCAUAUGGUCCUAACGUGGAUCAGCUUAUCAACAGUUAUUUCAAAGUCGUUUCCAGACUUCGGAAGUCGGUAAAACAUAAUGCGGACGAUACCUGCAACAUUGCCCUCAGACCCAGUUCAAAAAAACAUAUGGUCAAAAAAACUGGAGACGAACACUUUUUCAAUUAGUAAAGUGUCAAAUUGAUAUAUACGCCCUAAAACGUAUAUAUCAAUGUGGCACUUUAUAUUUGAAAAAAACAAAUUCGUCUUUUCUAUAUGGUCGCAUGUGUACAGAUUCCUAUAAUAAAUGUACAUAUGGAGAAAUUAAA